AGCGAGCUGAGCUCAACGAAGUCAUUGCUGUAACACUGUGUGAAGAGACCAGAAGAGGGGAAAUACAAUCUGAGAACUAAACUGCCAAAGCCUAACACCACCUAGCAACAGUUGAAAAAACUUUUAAACAAAAGUCUGGGUGAGACACAGACAGAGUAUACCUCCUACUCCUCCUGCCUGGGAUUUCUGCGGGAAGCAGCUCCGGUCUUCUGUUCUCUACCUCGUUUUCUUCAUUACUUCCACUGCUGGUAGACCUAGAAACGUGGGAAAAGUUUCUAUCUUUGUGUUCUCCUGAGCUGGAUCAGUCUACUGCUGUGGUAGUGCUGUGGGACAAGCUACUGCGAUCUUGCAGUGUUAAAGGACAUAUUCCUGGCUUCGUGUUGCUGACAGGCAGGGAUGAGAUCCCGAAACCAAGGUGGAGAAAGCUCGUCUAACGGGCACUUCUCCAGUUCCAAGCCUGUCAUCAGCCAUGCAGAGAAUGAAAAACUUCAGGAGGAUGCCAAGAAAAAGAACAAACCUCAUCGGAAGGAAGAUGAGGUCAUGGCUUCAGCAACUGUCAAACGGCACUCAAAAUCACCUGGACCUUCUGAACGAAAGUACAAGAAGUCCAUAGAGCUUUCUAAAGAGGACUUGAUAAAACUGCUUAGUAUAAUGGAAGGAGAAUUGCAGGCAAGAGAGGAUGUGAUCCACAUGCUGAAGACGGAGAAAACCAAACCUGAAGUUUUAGAAGCUCAUUAUGGGUCUGCAGCUCCAGAGAAUGUGCUCCGAGUGCUACACAGGGAUGCCAUCCUUGCCCAAGAAAAGUCUAUAGGGGAAGACGUUUAUGAAAAACCAAUUUCAGAGCUAGACAGACUUGAAGAAAAGCAGAAGGAGACGUAUCGGCGCAUGCUGGAACAGCUCCUGUUGGCAGAAAAGUGCCAUCGUCGGACAGUUUAUGAGCUAGAAAAUGAGAAACAUAAACAUACAGAUUACAUGAACAAGAGCGAUGACUUUACCAACCUCUUGGAACAGGAGCGGGAGAGGUUGAAGAAACUUCUUGAGCAGGAGAAGGUCUAUCAAGCCCGGAAGGAGAAGGAACAUACAAAGAGAAUCAAUAAACUAAGAGAAGAACUAGUCAAGCUCAAAUCAUUUGCACUCAUGCUGGUGGAUGAAAGACAAAUGCAUAUAGAACAACUUGGUCAACAAAGCCAGAAAAUACAGGACUUAACCCAAAAACUAAAAGAAGAAGACGAAAAGCUUAAAAUUAUUAGUGCAAAAACUAAAGAAGAUGGACAAAAACUGAUGAAGUUAGAGGCAGAACUUGAACACAAAACUUCAUCGUUUUCUCAAGAACAUGAGGAGAUGACUGCUAAACUGGCUAAUCAAGAGUCACAUAAUAGACAGCUAAGGCUUAAACUAGUGGGGUUGACUCGCAGAAUAGAGGAACUGGAAGAAACUAACAAAAAUCUUCAAAGAGCUGAGGAGGAACUUCAAGAACUAAGAGAUAAAAUAGCAAAAGGGGAAUGUGGGAACUCUAGCUUAAUGGCAGAAGUGGAAAACCUCCGCAAGCGUGUGCUGGAAAUGGAGGGCAAAGAUGAAGAGAUCACAAAAACUGAAUCCCAGUGCAAAGAGCUGAAAAAUAAACUGCAAGAGGAGGAGCACCAUAGCAAAGAGUUGAAACUUGAAGUGGAAAAACUGCAGAAAAGAAUGUCAGAACUAGAGAAGCUGGAAGAGGCAUUCAGUAAAAGCAAGUCUGAAUGCACUCAGCUACACUUAAACUUGGAGAAAGAAAAGAAUUUGACUAAGGAUUUGAUAAAUGAGUUGGAAGUGGUAAAGACUCGAGUGAAGGACCUUGAGACAUCAGAAAGCAAGUUGGAGAAGGCUGAAAUAAGCCUAAAAGAUGACCUUACAAAGCUGAAGUCGUUUACUGUAAUGUUGGUUGAUGAACGAAAAAAUAUGAUGGAAAAAAUAAAACAGGAGGAAAAAAAGGUUGAGGGUCUAAACAAGAAUUUUAAAGUUGAACAAGGGAAAGUUAUGGAUGUAACAGAGAAAUUGAUAGAAGAAAGUAAGAAAUUUUUGAAACUGAAAUCUGAAAUGGAGGAAAAAGUGUCUAGUUUGACAAAGGAAAGAGAUGAGUUAAUUGGCAAACUGAGAAGUGAAGAAGAAAAAUCCUCUCAACUAAGCUGUAGAGUUGACUUGUUAAAGAAAAGAAUUGAUGGUGUGGAGGAGGUAGAAAGAGAAAUUACAAGAGGUCGAACCAGGAAAGGACCAGAGCAUGGUUGUCAUGAGGACAACAAGAUUAAGGAACUCACCGUUGAAAUUGAAAGACUGAAAAAACGUCUCAAACAAUUGGAAGUGGUUGAAGGAGAUUUGAUGAAGACAGAAGAUGAAUAUGAUCAGCUAGAGCAGAAAUUUAGGACUGAGCAGGAUAAAGCUAACUUUCUUUCUCAACAGUUGGAGGAGAUGAAACUCCAGAUUGCCAAAACCAAAGCAAUAGAAAAAGGUGAAGUGGUGAGCCAGGAGGCAGAGCUGAGGCACAGGUUUCGUCUGGAAGAGGCCAAAAGCAGAGAUUUGAAAGCAGAAGUUCAAGCUCUUAAGGAAAAAAUCCAUGAGCUGAUGAACAAAGAAGACCAGCUUUCUCAGCUCCAAGUUGAUUAUUCAGUUCUGCAGCAAAGGUUCAUGGAAGAAGAAAACAAGAACAAGAGCAUGGGGCAGGAAGUUCUGAACCUAACAAGAGAGCUGGAGCUUUCUAAGCGUUACAGCCGUGCUCUGAGGCCCAGCAUAAAUGGCCGAAGAAUGGUCGAUGUCCCUGUGACAUCCACUGGCGUGCAGACAGAUGCCGUAAGCAACGAAGCGGCAGAAGAAGAAACUCCAGCAGUGUUUAUAAGGAAAUCCUUCCAGGAGGAGAAUCAUAUCAUGAGCAAUCUGCGACAGGUAGGUCUGAAAAAACCCAUGGAGCGUUCUUCAGUGCUCGAGAGAUACCCUCCAGCAGCAAACGAGCUUGCUAUGAGGAAAUCUUGGAUACCGUGGAUGAAAAAGAGGGAAACUGGGGCUCAGGCAACUCCUGAUAAAGGAACCCGGACCCACAGUAGUCCAGCACAUCCUGGAGAGGUUGUCCUUUCACCAAAACAGGGUCAACCUCUUCAUAUUCGGGUGACACCAGACCAUGAGAACAGCACAGCAACUCUGGAGAUAACCAGUCCAACCGCAGAGGAAUUUUUUUCAAGUACCACUGUCAUUCCUACUUUGGGAAAUCAGAAGCCACGAAUAACCAUUAUUCCCUCUCCAAACGUUAUGCCACAAAAAGGAAAAGGCAGUGAAAGUCCCAUGGGCCCAGAUCGUUCUAUGUCUCCAGUCACUAUAACAACGUUCUCCAGGGAAAAGUCCCCAGAGGGAGGGAGAGCACCUUUCGCUGACAGACCUGUGUCGCCAAUUCAGAUUAUGACAGUAUCAACAUCUGCAGCACCAGCAGAGAUCUCUGUCUCCCCACAGUCACAAGACAUGACCAUGGGAAGGGCUGUCUUCAAAGUAACACCAGAAAAGCAAACUGUCCCAACUCCAAUCCGCAAGUACAAUGCCAACGCCAACAUUAUUACGACAGAAGACAACAAAAUCCACAUCCACUUAGGUUCCCAGUUUAAACGUUCUCCCAGUGCUGCACCUGAUGGUGCGAGUCCUGUGAUAACAGUGAGACCAGUGAACAUAGCAGCAGAGAAAGAAGUUGUGACCGGUACCGUCCUUCGAUCACCUCGAAACAACCUGUCCUCGCGACCCGCAGCGAGCAAGGUGACAAGUACCAUCACUAUAACGCCUGUUACAAUGUCUUCCACCCGAGGAACACAAUCAGUGACAGGACAGGAUGGGUCAUCCCCGAGACCUACACCCACUCGCAUUCCUGUGUCAAAAGGUAUGAAAGCAGGAAAGUCAGUAGUGGCAGCCCCGGGAGCAGGAAAUGUGACAAAAUUCGAGCCUCGUGCCGAGACUCAGUCUAUGAAAAUAGAACUGAAGAAAUCUUCAGCCAGCAGCUCUGCCUCCCUGGGCGGGGGUCAGGGCUGAUGGCAGUGGCUCAGGGGGUACGUUCUGCAGGUUUUACUGCUCCCAUGGAAGUCAGCCCCCCUGUCUGUGUAGUUGCUCACGUUUGCCUGUACUAACGAAGUCCUACAGCUGUCACUUACAAAAAACUAAUAAGUGUGUGCACUGACUACUUAAGUAACAACAUCCUUUUUUUUUUUCUUGAACUCCAGUUUAAAAAAGAAAAAAAAAGCCAUCAUAAAGGCAGUUCUUGUACGCCAGGAAGAUUUUCAGUCUCGGAAGUGGGAAUGGUGCAGCUACACUAGGUUAUUAAUCUAGUUCAGAAAGUCUUAAUAAUGGAUGUGGUCAUUUGAAGGAAGUUGGUUCACUUUUACUGUUUGUCUUCCACGUUAAUGGAUCACUUUCCACCUUUGCUGCUGCAUGGGACACUUUCCUUCCUGCCUGUGAUCACAUUAUUGAAAUGCCACUUGGCCUAGGGAAGAAAUGCCAGGAGACAGUGGACCUGAGGUCCUGUUUUACUGAAAGCUAGUACCUCAGCUGUGGGAGGGAGGGGAAGAGAGAAAGAAUGGGCACUGUGUGACCCGCCUUCUCUCUAGGAGCCUCCCAUCCAAGUCAGUGUUUCUCAGUGGUGAGGUGCUUUCUCAAAAUAGUUACUUAAUUCAGGGGCAUAGGGAUGUAGCACAAUGUUUGGCAGCAGCACUGUUAAGCACCAACUUAAUUCUUCCAGAGGGGAUUAACAUAUGUAGACAGUACUCAAAACCAGGUCCCUGACUUACACACACUGAGUACUGCCAGCUCAGGGCUCAGAUGAAGCAACGUGAGCCAACAAGUGUUUAGUCUUUAGCAAAAGAUGAAGAAACACUGAUUUGGCUAAAAUCAGUGCCUGCUCCAAAGACCACUAGCACUAUGAAGCAAUUCACUACGUUGACCUGACUAGUUUUCCAGUCGUUGUUUUCUUUGCUGGGGUCUUAUAUUUAAACCUUAGUUGUCAAGCAUCUGUAUGUCUUAGAGGGGAAGUCAAUACAGAUGGCUGGU